AGCCAGCCAGCCGGGCAGGCAGCAGCAGCAGCAGCCCCGACGGAAGGACGGGCGAGAGGCGGCGGAUUUCUCUCCCUUCCCCGUUUUUGAGCCCAGCAAGUGGUGAGCGACAAAAUGAACUUCCCAGGGCAAGAUCGUCUUUGCGGCCUCUUCUUGUCUGGAAGCUGAAAGCAGAGCAGAUCCCACAGGUUUCUGGGCCCAUGUGGGUGGGGAGAGGAUGCGGGUGACCAUGAAGCGGGUGCUGCUGGGGGUGGGCUUUGCCAUUGGCCUGAUGGUGUCGGCACACCUGGGCCAGCAGAUGCUGCAGUGCCAACAGAUCCUGGGCCAGGGCUCCAGCCAGCGGGGCCUGAUGCGGCCAGAGAACGAGGAGCUGGUGAUGCUGGACUCCAACCGAGUCGAGUACCGCUACAGCAAAGAGAUGCCGCUCAUCUUCAUCGGCGGGGUUCCUCGGAGCGGGACCACACUGAUGCGGGCCAUGCUGGAUGCUCACCCGGAGGUGCGCUGUGGGGAGGAGACCCGCAUCAUCCCGCGUGUGCUGGCCAUGCGGCAGGCCUGGUCCAAAUCCGGGCGGGAGAAAAUGCGCUUGGAUGAAGCUGGGGUGACGGACCAAGUCUUGGACGCUGCCAUGCAGGCCUUUAUCUUGGAGGUGAUUGCCAAGCAUGGGGAGCCGGCCAGGUACCUCUGCAACAAAGAUCCCUUCACACUCAAGUCCUCCGUCUACCUGUCUCGCUUGUUCCCCAACUCCAAGUUCCUCCUGAUGGUGCGUGACGGGCGGGCCUCCGUCCACUCCAUGAUCACCAGGAAGGUCACGAUCGCAGGCUUCGACCUCAGCAGCUACCGGGACUGCUUAACCAAGUGGAACAAGGCCAUCGAGGUGAUGCACAACCAGUGCCUGGAGAUUGGCCGGGCACGGUGCCUCCCGGUUUACUACGAGCAGCUGGUGCUGCAUCCCCAGAGGUCCAUGCGGGACAUCAUGGAGUUCUUGGACAUCGCCUGGAGCGAUGCCGUCCUGCACCACGAGGAGCUGAUUGGGAAGCCCGGUGGCGUCUCACUCUCCAAGAUUGAGCGGUCCACAGACCAGGUGAUCAAGCCGGUGAACACGGAGGCCUUGUCCAGGUGGCUGGGGCACAUUCCAGGGGACGUACUUCAGGACAUGGCCCACAUCGCCCCAAUGCUGGCCAGGCUGGGCUACGACCCCUAUGCCAACCCCCCCAACUAUGGGCACCCAGACCCCUUGGUGAUCAACAACACCCAUAGGGUUCUAAAAGGGGACUUUAAAACACCUGCCAAUCUGAAGGGACAGUUUCAGGCAACUCAGAAUACUACUGCUUUUCACUGAUGCAGCUAGGGGCUAUGUUGCAG